AUGCGAAACCGAAACGAGCCGACUCGCCGAGCACAUUUAGCCGAAGAUUCGCCGGACGGGAAUGGCGAUCAGCAAAAGAUUUCCUGCAGCUUCUGUCUCCCGAAGAAUCAAAGAACACACUCGGCCAUUGCCAACAUCCGCGCGGCUAUCAGCCACUUCGAUCUUGUUGCUUCGCUGACAGGAGCGCAUCGAAUCAUUGCCCAGAUUGUCCUGACCGGCGGGCGUGUCUUUGGCAGGGCAUUUGCAGAGGCAUACAAGCAGGCCCAGGCAUCGACGCAAUAUGCGAGGGCCGCUGCGAAAAGUGACCCGGGCGCCGUCAACACCGCUGCCGCCUCUGGCAUGACCCUCGACGAAGCCUGCAAAAUCCUCAACGUCAAGCCUCCCCAAGGUGGCGCCACCAAUAUGGAACAGGUCAUGGAGCGGUUUAAGAAGUUGUAUGAUCUGAACGAGCCAAAGAAAGGCGGUGGUGGAUCCUUCUACCUCCAGAGCAAGAUUCUUCGUGCCAGAGAACGGAUAGAGAUGGAAGCUCGCGCCGCCGAGCGGAAGGCCCAAAUGGAAAAAGAAAUCAAAGAAGGUUGGAGACCCAAGAUAUACAAAACUUGA